AAUGUGUGCACACCAAGCUGGUAGGACGUGUUAUUCCUCGCAAGCGGCAACACAACCUCAUCAAUAAAGCAUGAGCUGGUUCGGCUAUGCUGAUGCUGCUGAUUUAGCACGGGCACAAGAAGUGGCAAGAAACGAGGCCAGGCGAGUGAAGGAGGAAAAGGAACGUGCUGAAGAAGCAAGAAAAGAAGCAAAUGAAAGUAACAUAAGAGCUAAAGAUGCCGAAGAACGAGCCCAAAAGGAGAACCAAAGAGCAAAUGAGGAGAGGGAACGUGCAGAACAGGAAAAGAUGGCUGCUGGUAAAGCAAAGGAAGAAGCAACUGAAAGUGCAAGAAGAGCUGAACAAGCUGCAGAACAGGCCCACAUUGAAAAACAAAAAGCACUUGAGGCACAGGGUCUUGCAAAGGAAGAGAGAGUGAGAGCAGAAGAGGCAAGAGCACGUGCAGAAAAUGAAGCCCGAAAAUCUGUGGAGACAAGACAAAAGAAGGAAACUGCUGAGCAAGAAAACAAACGCCUUCUGGAUGAGAAAGAUGAAAAGCAAAAGAGAGAUGAAACGUUAAUGCAAUUUGCAUGGGGACCAAAGAAGACCAAACGAGGAAGAUGGACAGCACAGGAGGUUCAACGACUCCGAGACAUGUUUUAUGAACACAUGCAUGACAAGGAAGGGAGGCUGAUACAUGGGAAGAUCCUGAUAUUUGGUCCGAGCGGUGCUGGAAAGUCCUCCUUCUGCAAUGGCUUGAGAGCAGCACUAAAGGAUUCUGCCCAACCUACCACCUACUAUGCCGUUGGUAGUCACGACAACUCACUUACUAGGACUUUCCAGCCUUCACAAUAUGGUGACCACUGGAUUAUUGACAUGCCAGGAAUAUUUGAAUCCAGUGAUUUCAAAACGGAGAGUAUUGAAGCUAUUGCUUCCGGACGGGUCCGUUUCGAUGCUCAGAUAGGAAACUGGAAAACGCUUGAGGUGAAAAUCAACCAACAACAGGCGCGAAGGGAUGUGUCAUGCGUUGUUCUGGUUCUACAUCAUGGCAUCACUCUGGGUGAUGAAUUGAAGCGUCAGCUUAAUGCUAUCAUACGAUUAGGGGGAGAAGGUGUCCUGUCCUACCACCUGGUGCUGACUCACCUGGAUGAGUGUGACCCGCAGUUCAAGGACCCAGAAAACAUUCCCAACCUGUACAAUUCACCACUAGUACAGGAAGCUGUGAAGAUGAUGUCAGAACAAACUGGCAUUCCACCAUACGCCAUCAGUUACGUCAAGAAUUAUGUCACGGAAAAUACCACACACACCAACACGAAGCUGCUUCACCUGGAAGCUCUUGACAGAAUCCUCACCUCUACAGCUGAACAAGUGGAGAAGAUGAUUGAUUUAAAACUUCAGAAGAACAUGUAUGAGGAUGCACGAGUCAGCUGGACGACCGCAGUCUUUAUAUCCGCUGCCGUGAUGUGCGUGUGCGCUGUGGUAUAUAUGUGUACCCAGUAAAUAGGUACACCAUGCUCUGUUAUGGAUAUGAAGAUCACCCUGAUACUGAGGAGACACACGCUGCAUCUGAAGAGAAGAAGCCUGCGUCAAUCGACUGGGCCAUCCCAAUGUCAAUAUCUGCUGUUGGGAUACUUUUUUUGGCUGGGGUAUGUAUGCCCAGCAAAUGUAAAACCAUGCCCUGCUAUGCAUAUGAAAGACAUAUGUUUUGACAUUAGUUAAUGAGUGAGUUAAACCCAUCGGCAGUAUUUCAACCAUAUCGUGACUUUCAAAGGUUAUUGCCCCUGAUACUGAGGAGACACAAGCUGAAGAUAAUUGUCAGCCGAUACAAGAUGCAGCAGUCAACAUGACAGUGUUGAUAUCAUCUUGGAUAGGUUUGUGUGCAGCAAUUAUAAGGCUGUGAUGGCCCCCUUUGUAUCCUCAGUAAAUUAAAUGUGGUAAUGAUAUUCACCAAAGACUCAAAACUAAUGACCUGUCUUCUGAAAUUAAAUAAAUAAUAAAUAUUACACAUAAAUGAAGGAUAAUACCAGAGGCAAAAUGAAUAUUCAUAUCAAUUUCAUUCUCUAAAAACUGGGAGACAGUUGUGAAUAAACCAUUUAUUGCCAUUUCCGUACUUAAUUAUGUGAACUUUCAAACAUCAUGCACUAUGUACCAUGCCUUUGAAUCAACAUUUAGUCCUGUGGAGAGUUGUUCAGUGGUUUAAAAUCCAUAAUGCAU